AUGCAGUCAUACGCACUGCGGACGUCCAAGCUCAAAUCGCUUAAAGUGGUAGCCACCGCAGUGGAGGACUCGCUGUGCAUUCCAGUGGUUAUUGCCGUUUGUGGCGCCUUUAACCCCAUCCACCAUGCACACAUAGCACUUUAUGAUAUGGCUGAAGCCGCACUGACCUCUCCUUCGGCCUGCGACGCUGCUACGGGGCGGCCAUAUUUGGUUCUUGGCGGUUACAUCUCACCUGUAGGCGAUUCGUAUGGGAAACCGGGCCUACUGCCGUUCUCACAACGUGUGGAAAUUGUUGAAGCAGCGGUGAGGGAUCACCCUGCUAUCGAAGUGGAUCGCUGGGAGGGACUACAGCCCACUUACACACGCACUUACUACGUUCUUGAGCAUUUGCAAGAAGCCGUUCAGGCCUGGUAUGAUUCUCAGGCAAAAGAGGGGAAACCCAGCCUAAGUGAAAGAGGUGUAAGGAUCCGUGUUGCUUUUGCCUGUGGUACGGACUUAUUGCAAUCUUUUUUGAGGCCAGGUUGUUGGAGGUUAGAUUUGCUCCAGAAGAUGUUGGAUAGGUUCCAGGUGGUAGUCAUUACGCGCUCUGAGAACGACUUCGAUCGCACUAACGACAAUCGCAAUGUCUCUUUGUCCAACAUCAUGGUUUCAGGAGAUGAGGCAGGAAAAAAGGGGGAAGCUUCCGUGAGUGAGAUAGGCCAAGUAUUGCCCGAGAAUUGCGUCAUGACACAAGUGAUCGACGGGGAGACUUAUGUAGUUGAUUUUUCCAAGUAUCGGUUCAUCUAUACGCAACCCACUUUCAUCUCUUCGGCUUCCUCAACAGCGAUUCGCAAAGCUCUAUCUGCUGUCGCAGAGGCAGUUAGCCGUAAUGAUACUGCGGCAGAGCAGGCAGCGCGAGAAGAAGUAAUAGAUAUGGUCCCCGAGGCUGCUCGCGAUCUCGUCAUAAAGUACUAUUUUCCUUUAUUUUGCAGGUAG